CUUCGGGCUCGGGAGGGGCUGCGUUCCUCCUCCUCUGCUUCCUCCUCCUCCUCCUCCUCCUCCUCCUCCUCCUCCUCCUCCCUCCGUAGCCAUUUUGGCUCAAGCCGUUUGAUCCAAGCCGCGCCCCCUGCAAGAAGCGUUAGCGCCGCGGCCUCGCCCAUCGGCCAUGCCCUCGAUGAGCAAGCUCACCGCACUCGCGUGCACCGUGGCCGGCGCCGUCGGUGGCGCCGCCUUCGUUCAGCCCGGCGCCGUCCGCGCCCCCGCGCUGCCCCAGGCGUCAGCAGCCGGCCUGCAGCGCUGGGAGCAGGCGGCCCCAGAGGCGGAGGCGGAGGCGGCCGCGGAGGGCUUCCCCGCGAAGGGCUUCCUGGCAGGCCUAGCGCUCGGCCUCGGCGUCGCCCUGGCAGGUGCGCAGCACGCGCAGGCCGCGGACGCGCCGGCCGCCGACGCGCCCGCGCCCCCGCCCGAGCCCGUCGUCAUGGACGUGCGCGAUCUGCAGUACAAGGGCGACAAGGACUUCGAGGCGAAGAAGGCGGCGAUCGCGAAGGCCGCGAACAAGGUGGAGAGCGGCAUCGGGCUGCAGACCUGGAAGUGGGGCCACGACUACGACAAGAAGUACACGACGUCCUCGACGGGAGCCGGCACCUUCCUGCGCUACAACAUGGGCAACUACCAGAUCAUCCCCAGCUACCGGGGCUCGGCGGCCGACGACGGCACGUACCUCAUCGACCCGAGCCAGAUCAAGAGGGCCAAGGCCCAGGCCGCCGAGUACGAGAGGGUCAAGAAGGAGGUGGCCCCCGUCUGGCUGAAGGAUGGCGGCGCGACCGGCAACGUCUGGCCCAGCCAGGGCAUGUACAAGCCCCGCACCUACACCUCGGCAUACCAGCCCGUGAGGCAGAAGUAGGCGCUCGCCGCGGGCAGGGCCACGACGGUGCGCAAGAGCCGACGCGGAACCCCGCUGGCGCGCCCUAUUCCCGAUGCGAUUUUUAUUGACUCCUCCUCCUCCUCCUCGGCUGUUGAGGUCAUCAGCCAUCACGUUUCGGACAGCGAGUGGCCGCUUUGUUGCCUGCUUACUCUCGCCCCAGACUCGCUCCAGGGCGCGGCGGAGAGGUGUCCGCGGUGGUUGCGGUCGGGAACGCUCACGUGCAGUCAAGGCGCUGAAAGAAGGAAUCGCAUGCGACUUGUCUCCCCCCAAUUCCCGAGCUCCGCCCGAA